AUGGCGACACACCUCUCCCAGUCCCAGCGGCGCCCUCCCCUCUUACGCCAGGCCAUCAAGAUAAGGCGCCGCAGGGUCAGAGAUCUGCAGGAUCCCCUGCCCCGAACGGCUCAGGAGAUCGAGCCUCCAUCCCACCACUUCUCCCCUGAAGAGCGGGCCCUACUCUACGAGGAAGCUCUCUACACCAUCCUGCACCGCCUGGGUCAGCCCGAGCCCAACCAUGUGAAGGAGGCCUCAGAGCUGCUUCGAUACCUGCAGGAGGCCUUCCACAUGGGGCCCGAGGAACACCAGCAGCUGCUGCAGAAGGUCCAGAAGCUUGAGAAGCCAAUAUUUUGUCUGAAGGCAACGGUGAAACAAGCCAAGGGCAUUCUGGGCAAAGACGUCAGUGGAUUCAGUGACCCCUACUGCCUGCUGGGCAUUGAGCAGGGGGUAGGCGCGCCGGGAGGCAGCCCUGGGUCCCGGCAUCGGCAGAAGGCUGUGGUGAGGCACACCAUCCCGGAGGAGCAGACCCACCGCACCCAGGUCAUCACCCAGACCCUCAACCCUGUCUGGGAGGAGACCUUCAUCCUGGAGUUUGAGGACAUAAGCAACUCAAGCUUCCAUCUGGACAUGUGGGACCUGGAUACCGUGGAGUCUGUCAGACAGAAGCUCGGGGAACUCACCGAUCUGCAUGGGCUGCGGAGGAUCUUUAAGGAGGCCCGGAAGGACAAAGGCCAGGAUGAUUUUCUGGGGAACGUGGUUCUGAGGCUACAGGACCUACGCUGCCAAGAGGAUCAGUGGUACCCUCUGGAGCCCUGCACCGAGACCUACCCCGACCGCGGUCAGUGCCACCUCCAAUUCCAGCUCAUUCACAAGCGGAGAGCCACCGCGGCCAGCCGCUCCCAGCCCAGCUACACGGUGCACCUCCACCUGCUGCAGCAGCUCGUGUCCCACGAGGUCACCCAGCACCAGGCGGGCAGUACCUCCUGGGACGGGUCGCUGAGUCCCCAGGCUGCUACCAUCCUCUUUCUCCACGCCACGCAGAAGGACCUGUCCGACUUCCACCAGUCCAUGGCGCAGUGGCUGGCCUAUAGUCGUCUCUACCAGAGCCUGGAGUUUCCGAGCAGCUGCCUCCUGCACCCCAUCACCAGCAUCGAGUACCAGUGGAUCCAGGGCCGGCUCAAGGCAGAGCAGCAAGAAGAGCUGGCUGCCUCGUUCCGCAACCUGCUGGCCUACGGCCUCUCCCUCAUCAGGAGGUUCCGGUCUGUUUUCCCCCUCUCUGUCCCCGACUCCCCAGCCCGGCUGCAAUCUCUUCUCAGGGUCCUGGUACAGAUGUGCAAGAUGAAGGCCUUUAGGGAGCUGUGCCCCGACAGCGCCCCCCUGCCCCGCCUGGUGACCGAGGCGCUGCGGACCGGCACCGUCGAAUGGUUCCACCUGAAGCAGCAGCACCAUCAGCCCAUGGUGCAGGGCAUGCUGCAGGCGGGCAAGGCCUUGCUGAGCCUGGUGCAGGACAUCAUUGGCGACCUACACCAGUGCCAGCGCACGUGGAACAAGAUCUUCCAGAAUGCCCUCAAGGUCAACCUCUUCUCCAUGGCUUUCCUGGAGCUUCAGUGGCUGGUGGCCAAGCGGGUACAGGACCACACGGCGGCGGUGGCGGGCAGCCCCGUGUCCCCGGAGGUGGGCGAGAGUCUAUUCCAGCUCUAUGUCAGCCUCAAGGAGCUCUGCCAGCUGGGCCCAGUCCCCGCAGAGAGGGAUGGCGUCCUGGCCCUGGAUGGCUUUCACCGCUGGUUCCAGCCCGCCGUCCCCUCCUGGCUGCAGAAGACGUACAGUGUGGCCCUGGCGCGGGUGCAGCGCGCUGUGCAGAUGGAUGAGUUGGUGCCCCUGGGUGAACUGACCAAGCACAGCACGUCAGCCGUGGAUCUGUCCACCUGUUUCGCCCAGAUCAGCCAUACUGCCCGGCAGCUGGACUGGCCCGACCCAGAGGAGGCCUUCAUGAUCACCGUCAAGUUUGUGGAGGAUACCUGUCGGCUGGCCCUGGUGUACUGCAGCCUCAUAAAGGCCCGGGCCCGGGAGCUCUCCGCAGGCCAGAAGGACCAGGGCCAGGCGGCCAACAUGCUAUGCGUGGUGGUGAACGACAUGGAGCAGCUGCGGCUGGUGAUCGGCAAGCUGCCCACCCAGCUGGCAUGGGAGGCGCUGGAACAGCGGGUAGGGGCUGUGCUGGAGCAGGGGCAGCUGCAGAACACGCUGUAUGCCCAGCUGCAGGGCGCGCUGGCCGGGCUGGGCCACGAGAUCCGCACUGGCGUCCGCACCCUGGCCGAGCAGCUGGAGGUGGGCAUUGCCAAGCACAUCCAGAAGCUCGUGAGUGUCAAGGAGUCUGUCCUGCCUGAGGAUGCCAUUCUGCCCCUGAUGAAGUUUCUGGAAGUGAAGCUCUGCUACAUGAACACCAACUUGGUGCAGGAGAACUUCAACAGCCUUCUGACCCUGCUCUGGACCCACACGCUCACCGUCCUGGUGGAAGUGGCCGCCUCCCAGCGGAGCUGCCCCCUGGCCUCUAGCAGGCUGAAGAUUGCACUUCAGAAUCUGGAGAUCUGCUUCUACGCAGAGGGCUGUGGCCUGCCACCUGAGGCCCUGCACACAGCCACCUUCCAGGCUCUGCAGAAAGACCUGGAGCUGCAGGCCGCUUCUAGCAGGGAGCUCAUCCAGAAGUACUUCUGCAGCCGGAUCCAGCAGCAGGCAGCAGCGGCUUCUGAGGAGCUAGGGGCGGUCACAGUCAAAGUCUCCUACCGCGCCUCUGAGCAGAAGCUGCGUGUGGAACUGCUCAGCGCCUCCAGCCUGCUGCCCCUGGACUCCAAUGGCUCCAGCGACCCCUUUGUCCAACUGACCUUGGAGCCCAGGCACGAGUUCCCUGAGCUGGCCCCCCGGGAGACCCAAAAGCACAAGAAGGACCUUCACCCCCUGUUUGAUGAGACCUUUGAAUUCCUGGUGCCUGCUGAGCCGUGCCGGAAGGACGGAGCUUGCCUCCUGCUCACGGUGCUGGACCAUGACACGCUGGGGGCUGAUGACUUGGAAGGGGAGGCCUUUCUGCCACUACGCUCAGUGCCGGGCCUGACUGGGACGGAGGAGCCUGGCGAGGUGCCUCAGACCCGUCUGCCCCUCACCUACCCUGCGCUCAACGGGGAUCCUAUCCUGCAGCUGCUGGAGAGCCGGAAGGGUGAUCGGGAGGCCCAGGUGUUUGUGAGGCUGCGGAGGCAGCGAGCCAAGCAGGCCUCCCAGCAUGCCCCAAAGCCAGGGCGGUAGCAGUGGGGGUUGGGGAGGGGGCUGGGUGCCUGCGAGAUCUGGGUUCUCCCCACCAGCCUGGCCUAACAGUCCGCAAGGGCCCUGCAAGUCUGGGGAACCCCGGUGUGCGGAAGGCCCAGAGUGUGGAUCCUCUCUGGUCCUCCCACCAGAGGGGCCCGGGGUGCUGGGGCCCCUGUGGUAUUUAUACUCCCUCCCCCCCGCCUCCAGCCCUGGCCUCAGCAUUCUCUACCAAAUUUCAGCACCAGGGGGAGGGGGCCCUGCUCUGGCAGAGCUGUCUCCCUGCGUUUCUGGCCUGCCUAUUCCAGUCACUGGGGUGGGGGGCUGGGCUCCCUGGGGCCUGCUCUUUAGCUCUCCUUCCCUGGUUCACUGGGGCUGGGGCUACCGCUGCCCUGAGAGGGAGGGUGGCAGCUAUAAUGAAGGGAGCCUGGCUCCUCUCCUGAGGCGGCUACUGGGAACCUUCUGGCUCUGAAGAGGUGAGAACUGGCAGGCAGUGGGGCUGGCAUAGAGGAGCAGGAAGGACAGCUUGGCCAACUGUGUCUACUGUGGACCCCUCCCUGGGACAGUACCUGCCACUUAGAAACUUUCUUAGCAAAAAUAAAAAACCAAAAACAAUU